AUGGCUUUGAAGAAGGUCUUCGAUACUCGCGGGAUGACGUCUUGGUCAGUACCGCUCGGCGUGUAUGGUGGGCAAGAAGCACAUGCAGUUCCGCCGUGGGAUGAGGAUAUCGUACCGGACGAACCAGUCUCAGAAGAACAGGCGAGGGCUGCAGAAGCGCGGUUCAUAUCAGGGGGAGAGAGCGCAGCGAAUCCGUGGGACUAUCGGGCCCCUCCACCAUGGUGCCACAAGAGCGGAGGAGCGUUGGAUCGGAAGGUGAUCAUAUCCGUGAUGUUCGAGACCUCCUGUUUGACUCUCAAUGAGUACGCAGAGAUCUCGAGGACGACAGAUGAAUCACACGCCUGCACCUCCGACCUGAGCGCAGCCAGCGUCAGAUCGAGAUUGAGCGGACCAUCGACGCAUACCCGUACACCUUCUGGCCCAACCCGCCUUGGGAAUCAUCGGCAAGCGACAUCGACAAAAUCCCGGAUCUCGCAGCUUAAGUUCGUCAAAACAAGCCUCCGAAAGAGAAGAACAAGAAAACCGCCGCAGCAUCCAAGAGAAGAGAAAGCACAUGGAAGCGGCAGAAAAGAGAGAUCGAGAGAGCUUGGCUCAAGGCACGACCAUUUCUCGAUGUAGAAGACACUGCUAACGAAGCCACAUGGCGAGGCGUCAAACUUUUAGGCUAGUAGAUCUUCGGCUGUGCUGAAUUGUGAUAAAGGUUGACGAGAGGAACACAAUCCAAGACCUCAUGGCGGUCAAAGGAUGUACACCAAGUGCAAUAGCGUGGAAAGACCCCGAUGAUUGGCGCAG